AGAAAUCAAGUAAAACAUCUUAAAAACCACGUCAUUUAGUUGAAAACCACGGCUAGCCAAGUUCGUGCCGUUUCGCAUGGUUUUCACUAAACGAUCAAAAACGGAAGGUGGUUUUUGAGGCGUUUUUGUUGGAGAACUAUUUAAAUAUGCCCAGAAGUAAAACCAGUUAUAAAAAGUUAAAAACCACUUGCACACACAGAAACACAUAUCUGUGUCCAUAUAUGAUAUCAAUCAACUCUGUGAUUCUCCGCCGCUAAUGGCUGCCGGAAAAAGACAGAGUACCCAGAGGAGGAGGAGGAUGACGGCCGCCACCGCCACCGGAAUUCAAAAAUCAUCCAUUCCUCUCCUUCCCCGCGACUUGAUCGUCGAAGUUCUUGCAAGGGUCGCGUGCCGUUCACUCGACGAUUUUGUCAAUGCAAAACUGAGCUGCCAAGAAUGGUGUCAAUUGGGAGAUGAAAGUUACGUGUAUAAGCAUGCAUCUCUUGCAAAGUUCCAAAUUCUCCCCGGAUGGAAACAACAAAGUGCAGAGAAGAAGAGAAAAACAACUUUAUUCUUGUACAAGUGCAUUGAUGCUGGAAACCCAGAAGCAUUGUUCAGGACAGGAGUGGUUGGGUUUUUUGGAUGCACAGAGCCUAUAGAGUAUGCGUUGGAGUGUUUGAAAAGGGCGGGAAACGAAGGACAUGUGGGAGCGGCAUAUACAAUCUGCAUGAUCUCCAUACUGUUCUUGGGGGGUGAGCACAGAGAAAAGGGAAUCAUGGUGUUGAGUGCCAUGAAGGAGUCCAAAGAACUCAAGGAGAGAGUGAGGGAAGCUCGUGAAGAACUGGUUAGGAUCUUGCGCAUGAUUUGGAAGAACAAGUUACGUGUUCGCAUCCAAAGACCGGUGUGUUGCAGCACCGCGGAUCAUUGCUCUAGAAAGAGGGGGUGGGAUUUCGACGAAGAAGACACAAGCGCAGAGUGUGCGUAUUGUAGGUGUGAUUUCGAGGUUUUCCAUGUUCAUAAAGCUCUCCCCUUGUUGCCAUUGUCUUAAUAACUAGCAGUUCUAAAUAUAAAAAAAACUAGCAGAUGAUGAUGAUGAUGAUGAUGAUGAUGACAAUGUCUAACCAAAAGAUAAACUAGCAGAUGAUGUCUAACACUCUAACCAAUUUAAGUAGUAAGGCAAUGGCUGUGUUGGGAGAGAAGAGGAAUAGAUGAUUUUUAUUUCAUUUCUAGAUGAUGGUUAAUUAGCUUGUAAUAUAAGUAAAUCAUGCCCUAUUGG